UUAUGCAGCGCUUCUCGAAACCCAGUAGCACGUCGGUGUGCGGGUUGCUGUGGGGCGCCGGCCUACGAUGACGGACCCGCGAUACGCACGUUCUUUUGCGGUCGCGCCUGCCAGCGAUCCGACUGGAAUCGGCACAGAACAGAGUGCAAAGUCAUGCAGGCUCGUAAGUCACUUGCGCGCGCCGCAGCCUUUCUCGAAGCGCUCUUGGUCCGUAUCCGUAAAGCUGCGUACCCAUUCGCUAUCACGUCAAUCGAGCGAGAGGCAAGCACGAUCAUGCUAGUUAGCUCGAACGAUGACCAACUGCAUGAGUCAAAAUUGACACCUCUACCAACGGACCUUGCGAGCUUGCAAGACCAUCCGGAGCUUGUGAAACCUAUCUGCUUACACGCAAGCGGUGCGGAAGCAAUGAUAUACUUUUGCAAUGUCAUCAAAGACAUGCUUUCUGGU